AUGUUCUUGAAUGAUAACCAUUUCUCUGGUCCUCUUCCUUCAAGCUUUAGAAAUCUCACAAGCCUGGAGUCCUUGGAUCUUGGUUCAAACCAAAUUUCUGGUCGUAUUCCUGAGUCCAUUGAAGGCAUGAUCAAUCUGCAGUAUUUGUAUCUUGGAAAUAAUUUCAUAACAGGACAACUUCCAGAAAAUAUUGGUAACAUGAAACAGCUCAAAUAUCUUGAUCUUUCGGACAAUUUGUUGCGACGCAGAAUUCCCCCUUCAAUAGGAAACUUAAAGUUCUUAACUAAAAUCAUACUCGAGAAUAAUCUUCUCGGAGAAACCAUAUCUUCUUCUAUUGGCUACUUGACAUCACUUGAAACAUUGUCAAUCGGUCAUAAUCAGAUCGAAGGGGGUAUCCCUGUCAGCAUUGGGAAUUUAACGUCAUUAGGAUUGUUGGAUCUAAGCUGGAACAGGUUGUCCGGUAGAGUACCAAGUAGAAUCGGCCGCCUACAAUCUCUUGCAAUGCUAAGGAUCCAGCAUAACAUGAUUGAAGGACCAAUGCCAGAGGAGAUGUCUUCCAUCAGAACACUUCGACAACUCUACCUUUCAUUCAACCCUUUGAAUCUUUCAUUCAUCCCAAAUUGGCUUAUAGAUUGGCCAUCAUUGAUCAGCAUUCACUUGGCUGGAUGCGGAAUACAAGGCGAUUUUCCAGAGUACAUCAAAACUGCAGCAGACAGAUGGGAGAGCUUAGACCUAUCAGCUAAUAAUCUCACCGGAAGAAUACCUGAAUGGCUAGGAAACUUCAAGCUUAACUCUUUGAAUCUGUCACAUAAUUCACUCUCUUCUGAGAUUCCCGCCACGUUUAAGAAUCUGAAGAACAUGCGCGAUUUGGACCUUCACUCCAACAGAUUAUCAGGAGAUUGGCAAGUUCCUCUCCCAUUAGGACAUCAAGCUGAUAAUGUAUCACACAAUCAACUCACAGGGUACAGUGCCGGCAUCUGUCAGGAAUUUGACGCGACUUUCUGCGCUGGAUUUGAGUCACAAUAA